AUGACCGCAUACUCAAACUGGAGCAGUGAUACCGUUGGUCCUGCUCUCAGCACAACAAACUCACUCCUAGAUACUGCGCUCGCACACCUCAAAGCCAACGACUCCAACGGACGCCUAGCACCCUUCCUUGCCAAAUUCCACUGCAAAGUCUUUGAUGCAGAAGGCUUAGCUCAACCAAUCAACCCUUUCCGCUCUUUGGCUUCCGGCAUCAUCGCACAACAAGUCUCCGGCGCCGCUGCCUCCAGCAUCAAGAACAAAUUCAUCAAGCUGUUUGCCGCAGACGCUGCAUACGAGUAUCCAGGACCGCCUGAAUUUCCUCCUCCGCAGAUGGUCAAGGAUAUGCCUAUACCAACGCUAAGGACGGCGGGAUUGAGUCAGAGAAAGGCAGAGUAUAUCCAAGGACUUGCCGAGCAGUUUUCCAACGGCACAUUGACCGCGGAAAUGCUGACCACAGCCACCGAUGCCCAAGUCAUGGAAAAACUGAUUGCAGUGCGAGGGCUGGGCAAAUGGUCGGUGGAAAUGUUUGCUUGCUUUGAUCUGAAACGCAUGGAUGUGUUUUCUACGGGAGAUUUGGGUGUUCAGUUGCAAAACCAGANNCGUGGGUUAGCAGUCUACACAGGCAAAGACGUCAACAAACUCAAAGCCAAAGGAGGAGGAAAGUGGAAGUACAUGGGCAGCGAACAGGCCAUGUUGGACGCUGCGGCAAAGUUUUCGCCGUAUCGAAGUCUGUUUAUGUGGUACAUGUGGCGGCUCAGCGAUGUGGAUCUCUCUGCCUUGCAGGACGAUAAAGUGAUUGAGGAGACUUGA